ACAAGCAGCGAACAGAGCGCACACUUCCUCGUGCCGCGGAUCUACUUGCGUCGUGUAUUUUGGACGCGAGCGCAGGCUGUCCACGUCGCCUCGUCUGCCGCCGCCGCCGCCGCAGCAGCAGCUGGCGGUGCCGCGAGGAAGGAGCCCACACGACCACAUGAAAGGUGGUGGUGGUGGUGUUGUUGUUGUGCGGACAUCGACUUGUUUUGCUUGAUCUGGAAUGGCUGCCUUGUGGGUCACAACGCUGCUGCCGCCGCCGCUGAGAGGAUUACAGCAGAAUACCGGAGCUGCGUCUGCCGCCGCGCUGGGUGGAAGGAAGAUUUAGAGCGACACACGGAUUUAUUUGCCAGCGGGACUUAAAUGUUAGCUCCGAGGGGAACUGCGAUGUUUGAGUCAUUGUUUCCUGCGAGAGGCUGAAGCGUGACACCGCUCGAGCAGGCUGCUGCUUAACCGUGUCAGGACCUGGUCCGAGGACGAGGACUAGACCGGCACACGGGGGGGCUGCGAGGUGCUGAAGAGAGGGAAAACAGGGGGGGCACCGAGAUCUACAGGCAUGCACUGAAAGCUGCCUCAGCGGAGAGUGUUUCCAGGUCAUAGUGGAGUGGGAGGAGACAGAGCUGCUCUUGUUUUUUUUUCCUGCCAAACACCCUCCUCUUCUUCCUCCUCCUCCUCAGUGCUAUAGCCUCCGUUUCCCCCCACACUGACAUCUGUUUGUUUAGCCUGGGGACUAUUUUUUUCUCAGUUAUACGCUCCGGCUUAAUUAACCAAUGAGAGCACGGUCGAGCGGAAAGGACUGAUUCUCUCCAGGUGAGGGGGGGUCACACACCCACACACACACACGCUAGCUGGACUUUUUUAUGUUUUGUUACCUUGACAGCAACCAGAGAUAUUGGCUGCCUGUCCCUUUUUCUUCCGCGGUGGUUCGGUAACCAAGCGAUGGCCAUGGUGAGUGGGGGCUGGGGAGAUCCCAAUGGGGGCACAAACGGGUUGGGGGACAAGAGCUACCUGAGGGGGGACGAGGAGGACGGCUCUCCCCAGGCGGGGGGCAGCGACAUGGAGGCCGGAGACGAUGACAAGGCCUGCGUUGUGGACUGCGUGGUGUGCGGGGACAAGUCCAGCGGGAAGCACUACGGCGUGUUCACGUGCGAGGGCUGCAAGAGCUUCUUCAAGAGGAGCGUCAGGCGUAACCUCAGCUACACCUGCAGGUCAAACAGAGAGUGUCAGAUUGACCAGCACCACAGGAACCAGUGCCAGUACUGUCGACUGAAGAAGUGUUUCCGCGUUGGCAUGCGCAAAGAAGCAGUUCAACGCGGUCGUAUCCCACCUCAGCCGAGCCUCAGCCCCUCCAUCACGCCCAUAGGUGGCGCCAGCGGCCUCGGUGGCGAGUUCUAUAACAACAACAACAAUGGAGGAAGUGGGGGAGGUCAGCCGGUGUCAGAGCUCAUUUCCCAGCUGCUGCGAGCCGAGCCGUACCCCAGCAGUCGUUUUGGACACCAGUACAACCAGCAGGCCGGUCCGGAUAACGCCAUGGGGAUCGAUAACAUCUGUGAACUGGCUGCCAGGCUACUCUUCAGCACUGUGGAGUGGGCCAGAAACAUCCCGUAUUUCCCUGAGCUGCCUGUGUCAGACCAGGUGGCCCUGCUGAGGCUGAGCUGGAGCGAGCUGUUCAUCCUCAACGCGGCCCAGUCGGCGCUGCCGCUCCACAUGGCUCCCCUGUUGGCCGCAGCCGGCUUCCACUCCUCGCCCAUGUCCGCGGAGCGCGUGGUGUCCUUCAUGGACCAGGUGAGGGUGUUCCAGGACCAGGUGGACAAGCUGACCAGACUGCAGGUGGACUCGGCGGAGUACAGCUGCCUGAAGGCCAUCGCGUUGUUCUCACCAGACGCCUGUGGUCUAACAGACCCAGUCCACGUGGAGUCUCUGCAGGAGAAGGCUCAGGUGGCUCUGACAGAGUACGAGAGGAUGCAGUACCCGAGUCAGCCCCAGCGCUUUGGCCGCCUGCUCCUGCGCCUCCCCGCCCUGCGCGCCGUUCCCGCCAGCCUCAUCUCGCAGCUCUUCUUCAUGCGCCUGGUAGGAAAGACACCCAUCGAGACGCUGAUCCGUGACAUGCAGCUCUCCGGAAGCUCAAUCAGCUGGCCGUAUGUCCCAGGACAGUAGCCCCCUGACGGACGAGGUCUCCGCCUGGUAUUAGUGACGACAAGGACCCACAGGAAACCUCUUGACUCAUCACUAUCCAUCUGCGUGGUUAUGAAACUGCAGUGCCAGCUGGCCGUCAUAUGUGCUGUACUGUAACCGCUCUAUUCCCCCUCAUGAAACGAGCCCUCUGUCUCUUCGCGGGCCUCCAGAGAAGAGAGGAGCCGGUGCCAGGAUGGAUCUGUCUUGUUGCCAGCCCGCUCGUUCUGGUGCCAGGUCUCAGGCCAGAGACCAGCGACUCAUGCUGGGCUCCGAUAUGGCCACCACAGCCAGUCAUGUCACCACCCACAUGCCAUAGUGACUAAAGACGCCGCAGUUUCAUGUAGAGGGCAGCAGCACCCUGCUACAAAUACAUCUAGAGGACAAAACUGUCCCGCCAAUGAAAGUCAGCAGAACAGUUUUUCCCACACUGGGCUCAUGUUCCAUGGUUCACCAUUUGUGAUACAGUGACCUUUUUAUCCACACAAGUGAUAAUGUUACAAGACUGAUAAUGGAUCUAAUUGAACAGUCUAAAGCAUCAGGAAGCUGUGAACUGAAUAUAAGACGCAGUACAGGCCUCGCUGUCAUACACAGCCAAGAAACUGAUCAAAUGCAACAGAAAGACAAACGAAACCAAGGAGAAAUCACCAAAGUCUAUCGUAUCAUCCUCAGAGAUGGUUUUUAAAUAAAAUCUUGAGUACGCAAAGCAGAGAGAGAAAGAGAUGAACGGACUCUCGUGACUGCCUGACCAUGCAUUUACAUUCAUCCAUAGGGCUCACUGAAGAAAAAGUUACACGAGAACGGACUAAUACCUCACGAGACAUCAGAAUGCUUUAGUCUGAUAUUUCCUAAACACAAACCUCUGUAAAUGUUGUUCACCAGAAACCGCCUUCUUUUUGACAACUGCCUUGUUAUUCAGUAUGAAUUUGGGACACCUAUGAAAUAUGAAACGAGUCAUCUGGGCAUCACAAACAUUCAUCUUAUAUCUUUUUAAAAGAGAUCCCCAAAGUGAUUUCCACUUGUGUUUUGAAUAUGAGUUUUGACUGACUGAAUCUGGUGAAUUCAGCUAUUAAGCAUUGUUGGGGUUUUUUUUUUGUUUGUUUUUUUUAUUGAGGAAAAGCAGGCUGAUGUCAACUCGGGUUCUAGCAAAACUAGCAAUUGAAGACGAGAAUUAGCUCAGCAAACACAGUGGCUGAUGAGCGUUUAUAACCGACACUACCAGUUAAAUGCCAGUUUACGUCGAUCAGUGCUGUUUUUGGGGGCGACGAUCCCUUGAAAAAUAUAUUGAAAUGUGUAUAUAUUGAAGCCAACUUUGUCUUUUUGCAUGUUCAGAUGUUGUUUUGACUCUCUGUUAAGUUGACUGUUUCCUUCUUUUACAUUAUGUAAUUCAAGGUUCAUUUAAACAUUGAAGUAUUGCUUUCACUGUUAGCUCCUAAAUGUUUUUUUUUUAUAUGUAUUUACAUGAAAAUACCUCUGUCAUCUGUUCUGAUGUCAAAAAAGAAGCUUACCUUCCUGUCAUUACGGCUGGUAUGACGUUCAUACUCUCAUCUCUCAGCAUCUGAGUGAGUCUCUGCUGUUGUGAAUGAUGCGAGACGAUACUUUAAUGGACGAAACUCUGUAGGGAAAACUGCACUUGGAGGAUAUUCAAUGCCAAAACAUCACACUAUCUGUGACGAGUGAAAAGAAGCCGGGAUUUACCUCACACAAGUAUUUCAGGAGGCGAGUUUACAAAAUCACAAGCGAUAUAUGUGGAAAAAAAAACAACGAAAUCAACUCUAAAUACAACAUAUUUCAGCAUUUAACAAUAAAAGGCAAGUAGAAGGAUGUAACUCUGCUUUUUGAUCUACCACCAGGCCUUUUGAAAGGUGUUUGGAUUUUCUUCUUUUAGGCACACAAUCAUGUCAUCGAUUUAAGAAAAAAGGAAAAAAAAAAAGAUAAAUAUACUAUUAAUGUUUUCUUAUCUUUGUGUUACUGAGUUUUUAAAUCUCAUGUGUAUGGCAAUGUUAUUAAAAGAAUCAAAAGAUGACAAUGUGUCUUUUGUUAUGUUUUUGUUUUUUCAAACUACUUGAAAAAGUGUUGUAAUUACAUCUGUAUGAAGAAUGCCAAAUAAACACUGCGACAUGUUC